CAGUAGAGGGGCUGGGCUGGGGCAGAGAAGCCAGCGCGAGAGGGAGCGACGGGGAGCUCCAGCCCUGCCCAGCCUGCCCUGCCCAGCCCAGUCCAGUCCAAGCCGAAGGAGCUCACCAGCCCGCGCCCCGGCUCCAGCAGCGCCCCGGCAGCGGGCACCUGGGAGCCGACCUCGGGGGAGGGCGAGAGCCAGCCCACCCGACGAGCGGCGGCGCAUCCCCGCGGGGUCCUCCUCAGGGCUCCUCCAAGAUGGGCUGGAGGCAGCCCCUCGCCUCCCUCCUCCUCCUCCUCCUCCUCCUCUCCUGCGCCCUGGGCAACAAAGCCAACAAGCACAAGCCCUGGAUUGAGGCUGAGUAUCAAGGCAUCGUCAUGGAAAAUGACAACACAGUCUUGCUGAACCCACCACUCUUUGCUCUGGACAAGGAUGCUCCAUUGCGCUAUGCAGGUGAGAUUUGUGGUUUCCGGAUCCAUGGGGCAGGGGUGCCCUUUGAAGCGGUGAUCUUGGAUAAAGCAACAGGCGAGGGAUUGAUCAGGGCCAAAGAGCCAGUGGAUUGCGAAGCACACAAGGAGCACACUUUCACCAUCCAGGCCUAUGACUGUGGCGAAGGACCUGAUGGUGCCAACACCAAGAAAUCUCACAAGGCCACCGUGCACGUGCGGGUGAAUGACGUCAAUGAGUUUGCUCCAGUCUUUGUGGAGAAGCUUUAUCGUGUGGCAGUCACGGAAGGGAAGCUUUAUGAUCGCAUCCUGCGUGUGGAAGCCAUUGAUGGCGAUUGCUCACCUCAGUACAGCCAGAUCUGCUACUAUGAGAUUCUGACGCCCAACGUCCCCUUCCUGAUUGACAAUGACGGAAACAUUGAGAAUACUGAGAAACUGCAAUAUAGUGGUGAGCGCCUCUAUAAGUUCACAGUAACGGCCUAUGACUGUGGCAAGAAACGGGCCUCUGAUGAUGCCGAAGUAGAAAUCCAGGUGAAGCCCACCUGUAAACCCAGUUGGCAAGGUUGGAAUAAAAGGAUAGAGUACACCCCAGGUACAGGCAGUCUUGCUCUUUUCCCCAGCAUUCACCUGGAGACAUGUGAUGAGCCCCUGUGGAACAUCCAGGCCACUGUGGAGCUGCAGACCAACCAUGUGGCCAAAGGCUGCGAUCGUGACAAUUACUCUGAGAAGUCGCUGCGCAAACUCUGUGGUGCUGCCACAGGUGAGGUAGAUCUGCUCCCUGUCCCUAGUCCCACGGCCAACUGGACAGCACGACUCUCGGUCCAUUACAGCCAGGACAGCAGUCUCAUCUACUGGUUCAAUGGCAGUCAGUCCACUCAGGUGCCCAUGGGCGGUGGGACUGGCGCUCUCGAAGGCCUGAGUGACCAUUUUACCCUUUCGCUAUGGAUGAAGCAUGGGGUGACGCCCAGCAAGGGCAAGAGAGAGGAGGAGACGGUGAUCUGCAGCACCAUGCAGAGUGAGGAUGGGUACUCCCAUUAUUCCCUUGCUGUGCAUGGCUGCCGUAUCGCUUUCCUCUAUUGGCCAUUGCUGGAGAGUGCAAGGCCUGUGAAAUUCCUCUGGAAACUGGAGCAGGUCUGUGACGAUGAGUGGCACCAUUAUGUCCUUAAUCUGGAGUUUCCCACCAUUACACUUUACGUCGAUGGAGUCUCCUAUGACCCUGCACUGAUCCAUGACAAUGGCCUCAUCCAUCCCCCACAGCGUGAAUCUUCUCUCAUGAUUGGAGCCUGCUGGGCUGAGGAGAGAAACAAAGAAAAAACCAAAGUGAACGAGAACGCCACAGAUUUGGGGCAAGGAGACCCUCUGCCGAUUCACCACUACUUCCAUGGUUAUCUGGCUGGCUUCACUGUGCGCCCCGGCAGCCUUGAGAGCCGGGAGGUGAUAGAGUGUCUCUAUGCCUGUCGUGAGGGGCUGGACUACAGCGACUUUGACAGCCUUGGCAAAGGGAUGAAGGUUCAUGUUAACCCCUCCCAGUCUCUCCUCACUUUGGAGGGUGACGAUGUCGAAACCUUCAACCAUGCAAUCCAGCAUGUCGCCUACAUGAACUCCCUGCGCUUUGCUACUCCUGGGGUCCGACCCCUCAAGCUUACCACCACUGUCAAAUGCUUCAGUGAGGAGUCCUGUGUCUCCAUCCCAGAUGUGGAGGGUUAUGUGGUUGUGCUUCAGCCUGAUGCUCCUCAGAUCUUGCUGAGUGGCAAUUCCCACUUUGCCCGGCCUGCCUCUGACUUUGAAGGUCCCGAGGGGGUCUCUCUAUUUCCCGACCUCCAGAUCUCUUGCUCUAUUUCACACCAGGUGGAGGCCAAGAAAGAUGAGAGCUGGCACGGCACAGUGGCAGAUACACGGAUGUCAGAAGAGAUUGUUCAUAAUCUGGAUGGUUGCGAGAUCUCUCUGGUUGGAGAAGACUUGGACCCUGAGAGAGAAUACCUGCUCUUGGAUGGAGCCUCCCUGCAGCAGCGAGGCCUGGAGCUCAUCAACACCUCUGCCUACCUCACUGUCACAGGUGUGGAGAGCAUAGCUGUGUAUGAAGAGAUUCUUCGCCAGGUCUCCUAUUGCAUCCGCCAUGGUGCUGCUCUUUAUGAGAGGAAGUUCCGCCUUUCUUGCACUGAGAUGAAUGGGCGUUACUCCAGCAAUGAGUUUACUGUGGAGGUGAAUGUCCUUCAUAACAUGAACCGAGUCGUUCACCCCAACCACAUUAUGAGUUCUCAGCAGUUCAUGCACCGAGGUCACCACCUGCCACAAGAACUCUCUGGGCACAGAUUGGCUGAUAUCCACCGCAACUCUAUGGUCCCCGGUGCUGCCACCAUCAUUAUUGUGGUGUGCGUAGGCUUCCUGGCACUGAUGGUGAUCCUGGGUGUCCUACGCAUCCACUCCUUGCACAGGCGAGGGGCUGGGCGUGAGUGCAUGGGGGAGUCUGCGGAGAGCCAAGGAAGCGCCCGGGCCAAGGAGAGUGAGAUGUUCUGGGAUGACUCGGCUCUCACCAUCAUUGUCAACCCCAUGGAGUCAUACCAGAGUUGCCAGGAGAGGGCAGCAGAGAGCUCAGACUCUAAAGCCAGAGGGGCAGCUGAAGACGAGGAAGAGGAGGACAGCAGUGACUCUGAAUCGCCAGACACCCCUGGCAGCGAUGCUGCCGAUGACCAGCGCAUUGUGGGCAAGCAUGAUGCCCCUUGCCACUAUUAGAGGCAUGUGAUCGAUGGGGGAGAGGAAGUGGAAUGCCAAUAAGAGGGAGAUCCUGCUUAUGUUUAGUUUUGGGGAGUAGGGCCUGCUCCCACACCCUUUUCUUUCUCUUCCUGCUCCCCAUCCUGCCCCCCUCCUUCCUCCCAGACCUCUUGUUUGUACAGUGAAGGCUGGCCCAGAACAUGACAUUUUGGUGCAUAUCGUGGAAAAAACAAACAGCACCUUCCCCUCCCACGAAUGACCUCCACUGGGACAUUCUCCUGCGUGAGCUUCACGGAAAUGAACAGGAGCUGCGCAAGACCACUCCUGGGGGUUAUGUCCUGUGGGUCAACUUUGUCUCUGUUUUGCUGCCCUUUGUGGCACUCGGAGUCCACCCCCCCCCCGGAGGUGGUCAUUUCACAUUGCCCACCCCUGCCCUCAGUCUUUGGAUGGCACUGCCCAGGGGAGGAGCCUUGCUCUCUUCGCUCCUCCCACCUCUUCAGCUGCUGGCUUGGGCUCAAGUGGGGCAGGGCCCCCUGACUUGGACCUCCAGCCUAGGAUUCCCGUCCCACCAGAAAAGAGUACGCUGGGCUGGCAUGCUGUGCAGCAGACACACAGAAACAUGGGAGGGGAGCUGGUCGGGACGGACACACACACAGACACAAAUGGGGUACAUCAGAGGCCCCAAGAUACUAUAUAUAUAUUGUAUAUUUUUUCAAUGUUGUUGUUUGGGGUUUAUUCUUGUUUUCUUGUUUGAUGCAAAAAAACAAAAAACCUGCCGCUUGUGUCGCUUUGUAAAAUUGUCAAUAAUAUUAAAAUCAACAAGUGAAGGAGAAAUGAUGUGGAGAAGGAAACGGAACAGAUUUUAAAAUAAAAAGGAUUAAAAAAAAAAAA